AUGUCCACUCGCUCGAUGCGACGAGCCCAUUUACCGGCAGAAACAGAACCGGUUGAUACAGAGGUCGCCAAGUCACAUGCGGCUACGGCUGCCGCACGAGCAAUGCGCUUAAGUGAAAGAUCGUCCAUUGAGUCCAGAAGCUCAUAUGAUCGAUUAGGCGGACCCAGCAAUGUGGCCGUUCCAAGGCGACGCCAAAAUACUAGCAUGCAGUCCACAGAUGACGGUCACUCGGUAAUUGUAUCAUCUAUCACCACUCCAAUGACACCUCGCCAGUCCGAGAGGAACUCUGCUGCGCGGUCUCAUCAUGAGAACCCGGCUGUAUUGCCACCAAUCACGGAGUUCAGAGGGCUGGAUGGUCGUGACAGCUCAGUUCCUUCAUCGUAUCGCCGUCUGAGGAAAGCCAAAUCCAUGUUUUCUACUAGACAGCGAUUGCCGCACUUGGCACUUGGGAAGCCGCCCAUGCCCCAUGCCAGCUCCCCUGGUCCUGACUUUAGUCCAGAAUUCGCAUUGCCGCGAACCUUGAGAAACUCGACAUCCUUUGUCCGUGGCAAUCGUCAGGUGCCACGUACGAUUCGACAUGCCAAGAGCCAGGAUGUGGCCAUUCAACUUGCUCGCAGUCAAUAUCUCCAGGAGAUUGGCAGUCCAGAAUUGCAGAACAGACGCCCUUCAUUUUUGUUAUCUCGUCGCAAGAGAGAGCACAAGCCAUUUCGAAAGUCUUUUCGAAUUCCAAGCGACGCUAGCGGCCCGGAUCCCUCACCUGGGAGUUUCAGCUCGAGGCUCUCUCAUGGUAGGUCUCGCACAUUUUCUGCGUCCAUCAAACAUGGCCUGAAGCGUGUUUUUGGUUUGUCAAAGCACGUUGAUCAACCCGUCGAGCAGUCCACUGAGCCUCCAGAAGAGCUCGUCCCCCAAGAUUUGGCAGGGGAUGUGACUAAUUAUGAUGAUGUCAGCCUAGCCAGUUAUCCUGGGGACAUCCAUUUUAGCGUGGAAUCAAGCCCAUUGCGAGUCAUACAGACUUCUCCAAGUCGUGCUAGCCUUUGCACCACAGAUUCACGCAAGGCUAGUUGGACUACCUCAACUGUGGCGCCCACUGUGAAUACACGAAAGACAGGAAAUCGGCAACCUCUGUCUUUGGUUGAGGAAGAUAACGAUCCAAACGAGGAACUUUCAGAGAUACCCGCCUAUAACACCGGAUGCCGUCUGUCACCUUCACGUAAGAGAUCAAGCACUCGCAAUGUGAACGGAUGGUUCAACACUCAGGAUUUAUAUACAGCCUUAAUGCAGCAAAUUGGACGAAAUGCUGCUCAAGACCAAGAGGAGGUUGUAUUGCGUACUGUACCAGAGCAUCGGGUGAUCCCAGAACGUGCGUCCUCCACCUACUCUCACCGCAGCCUACGUACAGUUCGCCGUGUUCCCAGUGAGGAGUCAACGACCUCCCCCGAAUCAUUUGCGACUGCAAGAGGGGAUUCGAUGUCACCACAAAAGUAUCAAAGAUCUGUAGGGUACAUUAAACCGCUCCGGGUUGGUUCUCGGGUUAACCCUGGACAAGAAAACACUGGGUCUCGGAGCGCCUACUCGACAGGGAAAUCGCCACACUCUGCAUACGUUGUGGGUGAAGACUCGGAUGAGGAAACAGGCAGUGUGAUCAUCGCGCACCCUGGGACGACAACAGAGCGAGUAUCUCCAACAAGUGUCUACUCGCGAACAACUGGAGGUGAUACACCAACCAAUAAGGCCGGCGUGUUAGCUGCGCCGGAUGGUGGUGAGCCGGGAAUAGCGACAAUCUUUGCUUCUGAGCGAACGGCUUGGAGCUCGCCAAGUCAUGUCCGUCGGUUACGGCCUCCAAUGUCUACAGUACAGCCAAGUGCAGAUUGGCAGCAGUGGAUGAGCUCACAAAUUGAAAGGAUCGAAAAUGUCAGUCCUACGAGAGAGCAUUUCAGGGAAGAUGCUCAACUCCAGGAUGAAGACGAAAUUUUCACUCACAUACUUCGACAAACAUCUUUCCCGGGCCAGGUGUUAGCCAGUCCCUUAGCCAUGGUGGGUGGGCAAGACAAAGGUCCACAGCUUCUAGCCGGUCCAAUGUUGCCUCAAAGCAAUUAUUCACGACCAUUUAGUCGGUCUUCCAGCGUGCGAACUAUUCUGUCUGCCCAAAAGUUCGAGCCGGAGCAGGCGACGAAAGUGACUGCUAAUGAUGAUAUUGAUCUAACAGUUCACCAAGUUCCAACUGUGCCAUCUUGGUCUAACGGUGUUGCUGAAACGCCUAUGUCUCCAAUGCGCAUCAGAACCAGCAACAUGAUACAAAUUCCUGAGUCACCCACCCCGCUGCAGAAAACCGGUCCCGUGGUGAUGAAACGAGCCUGGACACAGGAGCAGCUUCGACGGUACUCUGCUCGACGGCCAAUGACGAAUGGGAAGCCAAAUUCAUUCCGGUCCAUGCGGUCACAGCGAGAUCUCCAAGGCCCGACCAACGAGAAUAUCGGACAAGGACAGGAGCACGAUGAAAUGAUGGAUGAAUAUCACAAGCUUCAGGACAUUAAUUCCACCAUCUCCAGCAAGCACAUGGUAGAUAUGUUUUUGGAUAGUCGCCGUCGCCAGAUGGGAAUGGAACCGCCAACGAACGAGAACAAUGCGCCUGAUGAAGCAUUCAUUUGA